CGGUUCCUUUACUACCAAAAGUAAUAUGGCGGCCUCCAUGGAGUGAAACAAAUAUUUAAGGAUAUACCCCAUAAGUAGCAGUCAUGGCUACUGAAGAUAAACUACAGAAAAAAAUUCUGAAAAGAUUGGAAGAAAUAAAUGAACAAAUGCUGGACAAUGAUGAUUAUGAAAGACGUGUGAAAAAAGCUAGAUUUGGGAAAAGGAAAUUGUCAUCAAAUCAGUGUGAUUCAGACAUUACUGAGGCACAAACGACACAAAGCAGGAGGCAAAAAAAGAAAAAACGGAAAAGUGAACAGAAAAAAUGUUUAGACCAAGUGACUGAAGAAGUUAGCCAAACAAAGACUGUGAAAGGAGAAAAGAAACAUCUUAAGGACUUGAAAAAUUCUCUAGGUUUGUCAAAGUGUGAUAUUAAACCCCAGCUUUGUGAUGAGAAAACUGAGAAAGUGAAAACAAACUCUGCUGUUAAAAAGGGUCCAGAGGUUAUAGUAUAUCAUGCCCCAACCAAAAGGUACCGUUUGGAACAGGUAAGAUCUCAGAGGUCACAGGGAUCUAGUUCUGAACAAAGUUCCAGUACGACUGAGGAUCAACCUGAGUUUGACAUGAAGAAAGCCAGAUUUGAAGUGCAAAAGGUUGGAAUUAAAGGGUUCAGUGGCAGUGAGAAAGAUGACGCCAUGACAUCAUUUCUGGUCAAGUUGGGAGCCAAGCUUCCGAAGAACAAGUUCUAUAACUAUAAAGAAUUCCUAGAGAUGAGGAAACAGGAAAAGCAAUCGGCUAAAGAGAAGAAGGUUGUGGAUCGAGGACUGGGGUACAAGGUGACAAGCUCAAAAAACACAAAGAAAAAGUCUAAAGACAGAAAUGAUGUAGGCGUGUUGGAUGGACAAGUCGGUCGUUACAAGGAUGGCAUACAGUUCAUCAAGAAAACAGAUCUUAAGGGAUUCAAAAGGAAAAAUAAACGAUAAAUACACUUA